GCACCAAACACCAAAUCCACACAUCGAGCUUUUACUGCCUCAACUGCCAGCUUCCAUACGUGGCUCAGGACAGACUCUGGAUUCUGGUGUUUGCUGCUACGGUACACUCUACCAGGACCACUAACAACAUCUUUUACAGAAGCUCUGACUCUAACAGACAAAAAGAAUGAAGGUCACCAUUAUAACAUUUUGCCUGAUUGGAGCAGUUUUUGCCAAUCCAAUUUUACACAAUGUUUCUUUGGUAUCAAGUCAGCUUGACUCAAACUCAACUGAAAGCUUGUCUGUUUCACAAUCUUCUGAAAAUGAUACCUCAGAGCUUCAGAGUUCUGAGGAAAACGCCUCAAAUCAAAGUUCAGAAUCAGAAUCAUUAGAAUCCACAUCAGAGGACAAGACUUCAGAGGAGAGUGACAGUCAAUCAGAUGAGGACAGCGCGAACGACUCUAUGCCCGAAACCAAAGACGACAGCAUGGGCAGUGAGGAGAAUGUUCGAAAGAGCUGGGUCCGAGUGUUUGCAAAUGUAGUCAAAGUCCUGAGUGCAGAGUACAACAGCAGCACAGAGGUGAAAGGUCAGAUGGACUCCCUGAGCAACGAGCUGAUGGAGAAACAGUCCAAGGGUAGCACAAACCUGCAACUGCAGGAGAACCCCACAGACAGCAGCGACACCACCAGCAACAGCGCUGACACCAGCGAUGGCACCGACACCACAGCUGCCAUCAGUGACAGCAGUGAGAGCACCAGUAGCGAAAGCAACGAGAGCAAUGACACCAGCGAAAACAGCGACAGCAGUGACGCCAGCAAGAGCACUGAGGACAGCAAUGCCAGCAACAGCUCUGAGAUGGCACAACUCAAAGACUGUGUGAAUGGAACGCAGAGCUGCGAAAGUGAAGAGUAUUUCUUCCAGAAUAUUGGAGAUGACGCCCAUUUCUCCGUGGACAAUCUGAUGGUGCCAGAUGAAGAUGAAAGGCAGCUAAACCUAAGAAGACGAUAACAUGUGCAUCAUUGUGCUCUCCACUAUGAACUACAGCACCAUUACAUGACCAGCCUGAAGAUUUCAGGAUGACAGAUUUGCUUUUGCCUAUUGCCUCUGAACGUUCAUUUUGGCAUUAUGUUACCAGUAGCUGAUAAUUUUUUAUAUGUGUGAAUAAUAUUAUGAUAAUUAUAGCAUUUACUUUGUUUUGAUAAUAAAUAAUAAAGAAAUGAUAUAACCAUGGUA